AACCCAUUCUCCUCCGGUGUCGGUUACGCGAUGAUCUAACGAGAUCUGCACUCCGUUUCUUCUGGCGUAAAGAUUUACAUCUCUCGUCCGGUCGGGCGGUUCGCGAUCGCGCUUUUCAGUUGUUUUCCCCUAUUUUGUUUUCCACACCGCAGGGUAUCUCUGUUUUCAUUUUAGAGUCAUCGUUUUGUGUGUGUUUUGUGUUGUGAGUUUCUAGCUUCAUCCAUCUAAAGUUAUUGAAGCGAGGAUCUAUCUAGCGAGCAUUGACUAUUUUUUCCCCAAUUUCAUCUCUGGUGCUCUGUAGUGCGGUUCUUAGUGUACUUUCACAUCGUUUCAAUCGUGUGGGUUGUAGCAGGUGCUCACGCACGGUACGCACGAAGACGCGAUACAGAGCGUGAGAGCAAGAGCAGUUGGUGCACCCACCAGUUUGCCAGUCCGUUGUUAGAUCGCGACGGUCAACAGCUCGAGGUAUGGGACUGGUGAUCCUAUAGAAUACUUCCUCGCCCCAGAUCUCCCACCAGGAUCUUCUGUGUAUGUGUGCGUGUGCUUGUGUAUGUCUGGUAUCAAUCGAACGGUGUUCACGAAGGAAUUCUUCAUCGACAAGAAUUGCUGACUUCGUAGUGACGCUUUCUGCAACACAGCAGAGAAUCCUGCAACCACCCAACAGCGCUCGCACUGGGUUACCGUAUUUUUCCGUCCCCUAAGCUCCUUCGAAUUGAAACUCGAGGGAAAACAAACUCGAAAAAAAGGAACCGCUGAGCCGAUGCGUCAGCUAGUGAGUUUACGCUAUAAAUAAGUACACCGAUACGACAGUGCUGCAAAAAGCAGAAAAACCCCUGUAUCUCUCUGUAGCUUGCAGGCGAGAAUGUUGGGCGAGAAAGAAAAAUACAUUUUUAUACCUAUUUAUUAAAUAGAGCAAGCAAAUCGGAAGUUCAGCGACAGCACGGCAAAAACCUCCCAAGCCAACAAAACACACACUGACGACACACUUUCGAACGUGUAACGCGCGUGAAGCUGUAAAUUGCAGUGACAUCAAUGUGAGGCAGCGGCAGCAGCAACAGCAACAAACCAAGAAAGUGAAGUUAAUUUAGGAAUAACCAGAAUCGUGCACCGAUGGGACUGUGAGUGUACAUGUGUAUUUGUAGUGCGAAAUUUAUGAAUAGUAAAUAAACAUGGAGAGCGACAGCAAAACGGUACCGGACUCCGCAGAAGUGUCUCUGCGCAGCCCUGGCGAGCCGGAAUCGACCGUACUGGAGGAGCAGCGGACGGGGAUCGUAGCCGAGCUGACCGCCGUAUCGGUGGCCGUUGCUGCGGCCGCGUCCGACAAGUCGACGAGCGAUCGCAACUCGUUCGCCGGCAAUUUGGAGGGCGCGCUGAAGGAAAAGAACAUCCCGGUGCAGAAGAAGCUCUCGCAGGACGAAGAGGAAGAGGAGCAGGAGGAGGAGGAAGAAGUAGAGGAAGAAGUUGAAGAGGAGGUUGAAGAAGAAGAGGAGGAAGAAGAGGAGGAAGAGGAAAAAUCUGCGGAAGAAAAGUUGAAAACAGUUCCAUCACCGACGCCAGUAGAGAAGCUGGAUGUUAAAGAACUUACUGAACCAAGCCUUCCAGAAGAAGAGAAAAAGAGUGUCCAAGCGGUUGAAACGAUCGUUAGUAACUCGCCCACUGAGAAAGCGGUAAAGUCAGAACCCAAAGAGGAGGAUAAGAAGGAAGCGCUUAACGCGGAAGAAUCUGAGCAGAAAGUGGAGAACAAGCAGGAAGAGCUUAUCGCAGAAGUACCAGAGCCAGCGAAGGAACCUUCCGCUGAAGCGUCGCCUGCGAGCGUGACGUCACCCGGUGAGAAGGAUUCUGAAGGGGAGUUGAAGGAGCAUGGCGAUAAGCCGAUGGUGCCACCGCAGACGUACCUCUGGGAGGAGAUUAAGAAGUCCAAGGAACAGGUAAGCGAUGGAGGCUAUCCAUGGACACACCUGUACAAAGGAGAACCGGUGGAGGGUGCGGAAGCACAGCAACCACCCACCGAAUCACCCGCAUCGAACCGUCGACGAAAGGUUGAUGGUGAAACAGAAGUAGACGAGGAAGAAACACUCGCAGAAAAGAAGGCUAAGGUCCAGAAUGGGGAACGCUCCAUGGACAUCGAAGUGGCGACCACCUCGAAUGGACACUGUGAAGAGCCUGAGAUGUCGGAAGCGGCCACUAGCUCCGGUGAACCAAAGCCACAGUCACCGCGGCGCAGCAGAAAGCGGGCGGCAUCCCACGAACCGGAAUCCCCGAGCGGUCGCCACUCGGUAAAGCAGGAGAUCAAACACUUCCUGGAUGAGCAUCCGGCGAUACGCAGCUUCAGCAACAGCCUCACCCGACAGGGCAAGAAGACGCGCACCUUCGUCAGCCGGUCGCUCGAGCGGGCAAAAUCGAUGGCCGAUCGGGGGCUGGAUCGGGCCCGGGUGCAGAUGAACACGCUGCGCCGCAAGAAGGCAGCAUCGGAACCGCGCGGCAUGCCCGACCAGAAGAUCUUGAAUCUGCGCGAAUCGCCCCGGCUGAACAAUCGAGAAAUUCCAGCGUACGUUGUCCGCCAGCCGAGCGACGAAGCGAUUGCGGCAGCGGUGGUGGUGGAUGAAGAGACGAUCGUGAAGGUUACGGUAGAAACGGAAGCGUCCAAGAGUACGGUAGUCGUACCGGAUGAGAUCAUUGAGCUGCCGAAGGACGAGGAACUAAGGCCGCAGCAGGUGGAAGAGCCCGUUAUGGAGGUGGAAGUGUCGGCACCGCCGGUGGAUGACACUGCCGCGGUUGAGGAUGAUCGGUACGAAAUUAUUGAGCCACCAAAAACGGAAACAAUCGCUAGUGUGGUGUCAGCGCCGGUUGAGGUUCCCGAGUCACCGAUAGUGCCGGUGAAAGCUAAACCACCGCUGAAAGCACCUCGCAAGAAGAAGGACCACCACUACGAAGAUAUAGACGACUUUGAGCCACAGCCAAAGAAGGAACCGGUGGCGGAAGCUGCAUCUCCGGAACCGGUCACAGAUCCUAAGCUGAAACGUCAGGAGCACAUUAAGGAAGGGUUGGACCCGAUCCUGGGAGAAAUGUUGGGUAACGACAAGAUCAAGAUAUCGCUCCAGCUCCAGGACGAGAAGUUUGCCGACGACAUGCUAACGUUCGGUCGGCGCAAGCAUCUGGACGAGAUAUUGCAGCAAUCGUCCGAGGAUGAAGGGAAGGAACCGAUCAAGCUGGCGAGCAAAGGGCUGUUGGCUCCGAUAUCUUCCAUUGAUUCGACGUCCUCCGAUGAGGAGGCACGUCGCACCCAUCUCAGCACGCUGGCCGAGGAAAGCGAUACGGGCAGCAUCGAUGGUGGCGCCUCACCGUGCAAGAAGCAAGACUCGCUCAAGGACUCGGAGCUGCCCCCGGUGGAGGAGUGCAGCAAGGAGCUGGAGCUGACGCCAGCCGAGGAACAUCUGCUGAUGGAGGCGGAAAAGACAGCGCAGGAGAGCGAGUCACCGAAGCAGGCCGAAAGUCCGGCAGCUCCAGCAGUGGAACCGGUAGCGGAACCGGAAUCGGUCGCAGUAUCGGUGGCGGAAACGGACCAGCCAAAGGUUGACACUCGUUGGUCAAAAAUGAGUGAUCACGAGUAUGAGCCUAUUGGUGAACCAGUCGAUACCUCCAAACCUUCCACGACCAAGGAUGGCCUGUUGGCCGUAUCCGGCCAGCCCGACGGCCAGGAGCGUAAACAAUCCAACGCUUCGUUCCUGCGCGUACCGGGCAACGACGAGGGCGACACGAUCAGCAUGGAGGAGCUGCAGAAAUCGAUCGAAGAUCGUUACUUCAACCUUCCAACCGAUGCCGCUACUGCUCAGGACGGUGGCGACGCAAUGACAGCGGCCGCUUCGGUCGCUUCUGAACCUCAGGGUGAGAAGACGAGCAAGGUUAAGGCAGCCAUGACCAAGGCCCAGAACAGCGGCAAGCAGGCGAUGGCAAAGGCACAGGAAAGCGGCAAACAAGCGAUGGCUCGCGCCCAGGAAGGUGGUAAAACGCUGCAGAAGAAGUUCCAGCAGCAGACCGAUCGCUUCAAGACGAAGAUGUCCAACAUUAAGCUGAAGAAGGACAAGGAUGGGGCGGCACCACUCGCAAGCCCUGAGGUUGUAACGACGCCCGAGCUGGAAAAGCUGGACUUUACGCUAGCCGUCCCGAAAGACGAAGAAGUGCCACAGCAACCUACCCAAGAGCCGCAGGCUGAGGAGGAGACAACUGCUACUAUGGAAGAAGCCGCAGAGGACGAAACAGGCCCAACCAAGCCGGGCAGCAAACUUGGCAAGCUGAAGAACAUGCACAUGCCCAAGCUGCAGAAGCCCGACUUUAAGCGGCCCGAGUUUACCAAGAAGAUGCCGAAGCUGAAGGCACCCGAUAUGUCCAAGUUCAAGCGCCCCGAGAUGCCCAAGUUCCUUACCGAGAAGCCGGACUUUAGCAAGAUGAAGUCGGACUUUGCCAAGAUAAAGCUGGCGCGCAGUAAAUCCAUGAAGGAAGCGUCCCCCUCCGGUGCGACCAGUGCCGCCUCGCCGUCGGAUGCUUCGAUGAUGGGCGAUGCACCGACCACGAAGGUAAACUACACCGAUUUCAGCACGUACCCGCGCAUUUUCGACAAGUUUAAGCGCCAAAAGUCGGCCGGCCCUGCAGCGACGGGUGGACAGGCGGCUGGAGUUCGUGCGGGCACACCACCACCGCUCGAGUUUACCAAGUCGGCACCGAAGGGUGCGUCGUUGGUAUCGCGCUGGACGUCGGAAAAGUCGGAAGAUACUGAGAGCAACCGGUUCCUGCAGUACACGGGCAGUGAGCUCGAUGAGCGUGAAACGUCUGUGGAGCGCCGAAUGCGCCAGGAGCUCGAGCGGGCGGAGUUCGAGGGCCCCGAGCUGGCCGUAACGGAGGAGCAGAAGCAGCUAGAGGAGUACGAUAAGGAGAACCGUGAAAUUCAUCUCCUGUCAGCCGCUCGGCACGACGAGUUCCUGAAGCGCAAACCGCCGAUGGAGCGUCAGGAGUCGGAUCUAGCCUCCGAAGAGGAGAAACAGUUCUGGGCCAGCUCGCUGGGACAGAAGAUUCGCCAGAACAUCGACAUGAACAGCAACGAUCUGGACUUCCUGGACGAGGAGGAACGGCUGCUGGUCGCCAAAGAGGACGCAGCGAUUGAUCAGGAGGCGCGCGAACAGGCCCGCUUCCUGCUGGAGUUGAGCAAGCAGCGUACGGAGAAGGAGUUGGAACGUCGCUCCUCCACACCGUACACCAACCAGGAGUGUCAGUCGUCGGGCAGCUCGAGUGUACGCCGCCGCAAGGGCGUACUCGAGGAGAUCGAUGACGAUGAGUUCUUCCUGCGCCAGAAGGGCAUCUCCAAGGAUAACAUCCAGAUGGGCGAGUACAUCAGCUCCGCGAUCAAGGAGGGCCUGAGCCACCCGAAGAACGCACUGGCCGACAUGGACCGGUACGAUUACUACGACGAGGAGGAUGACCAGGGUAUGCGCCGGUACUAUCAGCAGAGCUUCGAAUCGGACGACGUCUCCAACCAGCAGGCCGAUUACUAUCGCACCUUCCCGCCAGAUCGUCCCACUCGCAAAUCCAAGAAGCAGUCCGACCAAUCCGUACCGCACGCGGACGACCAAGAUUACGGGCUGGAGGAUGAGGAACUGGAAGAGGAAGAUCUUUCGUUCUACGAUCGCCAGCGCACCAAGUACGGUAGUGAGCAGCCACAGCUUCUUCAAUCAGCCGCCGCCCGCUACAUGGACGAAGAGGACGACUCCCUGCUGGGUGGUUCACUGCCACGGCAGGCCAUGCUAGCCGGUACGGUCGUUCCGCCGACACCGCCAACCCGCCAUCGCAAGAAGCGCUUCCGUGAUGUGACGCCCUCGGACGUAGAACCACCAUCCUCAUUCACGAACGGCGGAUUUUCCGCGAAGUCCAUCUCCAAUAACUUCAUCUCCGGACCACCACCUCCCACGACGACGAUGGCUUACCGGGCCGAGGUGCCGCUAGCGCGCGAGGAAAGCUUCGGCACGCUGCCAGCACCAACGCCGCGCCGUUCCCGGUCUCGUUCGCAGAUCUCCAAAGCUCUCGACGACGAUGAUCGUGUUUCCCGCGGGGCGGAGUCACUGAUUGGUGGCAUCAUCGAUCGCCCACCGAUUCCCGGCAGGGAAGGCUAUUCUUAUGAAAUUUCCGAAUCGAAUGGCUACGCCACUGUGCGGAAGGAAGCACCACCGCGUCCACCGGCACCUAUACGGCGCCGAAAGUCGACCCGCUCGCUCGACGCGCCACCACCGCGCCAGUUCAAUACGCUGCCGAACUACAAUCACUCGGUGUCGCCCGUCCGGCCGCAGCGCAACUACAGCACGAUUAACCCGAACCGUCCACCACGCAGGAAGUCCGUCACCAGCUUGACCGGUGAGCAGCAACUGAAAUCGUCCAGUCUUAGCAAGGACGACGUGGCGCAGUACGAGGACGUGAUCGCACCGGCACCACCGCUGGGACCGAAGCCUCCCCUACACUCGGGUGACGUGGCGAACCGGAUGAAGGAUCGCCCACUACCACCACCACCGCGCCCCACGCGCAAACCACGCCGCCCGGACGGUAGCGACCAUCACGAUCUGGACGGUGGAGCGGAACGCAUCAUACCACUCACGGUGCCGAACGACAGCUCGAUCGACGAGGUCGAAACGGCCACCCAAACUGACCCCGUCUCGGAAGACUUCGGCCUCGACGCCGAAAUAGCGGCCGUAACCGAGCGUGCUGCCCGCGCCCACGACGGCGACCAGCUGGAGGGAGCACUGAACCGCUUCCGCGAGGGCAACGCAAAGGCCCUGUCCGAGCGGCCGAAGUCAUCGCGCUCGGGCAGCCGGCCGGAAACGCCCGCCUCCAUACUGAUCGAGCGCAAGGUGUCGACGCCUUCGCUGAACCACGAAUCGAUCGUGGAAGCCUCGCUGACGGUGCAGCCGCUCGAGGAGUUCGACGACGACCAGUACAUUGCGGAGCUGGUCAAGAAGUACGUGUCGGACGAGCGCAAACCGGAACCGCGCCGGACGGACACGUUCGAGCGACGGUUCCGCAAGAGCACCAACAGUUUGACGCGCGAGGAUGAGAUCCGUCCUGUAGAGGCGGGCAACAGUCUGCGCACACCAACGAUGCGUUCGUCGCGCACUUCGGUCGAUGGACGGCUGUCAGCGACGACGCCCGAACCGCUGCGUAAUGUAGAAAUCGCACCGAACGUUAUCGAGGAGAUAGUGGAGCGUUUGCGCACGACCGAACAGCAGCAUAUCGAUGAGCUGCAUAAGCUGCACCAGGAGCAGCUGGAGGAUUUGCGCCGCCAGCACGACGAGCAGAAGCGGCUGCAGGAGCAGAAGUUGGAGGAGCAGCAACGGCAGCUGCUCGAGCAGCAAAACCAGCAGCUGCUCGAAACGCAACAGCUGAAGGAACAGAUUCAGCAGCAGCAGGAGCACCAGAAGAUGCUGCUCGCCCAGCAACAGAACCAGCAGCAGCAGCUACUGGUUGCCCAGCAACAGCAGCAGCUGUUGAUGGAGCAGCAGGAGAAGGAGCGCGAGCUUCAGCGGGAGAAAGAGCGCGAGCUGUUGAAGGAGCGUGAGCAGGAGCUGGAGCGUGCUCGGGAGCGCGAGCGAGAGCUACAUCUAGCGCGGGAGCUGGAGUUGCAGCGUGCGCGCGAAAUCGAGCAGCAGAGGGCGCGCGAUCUCGAGCAGCAAAGGAUACGCGAGAUGGAGCUGCAGAGGACCCGCGAGCUGGAACAUCAGCGGCUGCGGGAGCUCGAGAUUCAGCGUGCGAUCGAGGCGGAACAGGCUCGCCAGCGAGAGAUUGAGCUGCAGCAGCAAAAGGCGACCGUAGCGGCAGUACAAGCGGCAUCGAACGGUCCUGCUGCUGAUGCGACUCCACAACAGGAUGGUGCUGUUAACCUGGAAGACCCAACGAACGCUGUUCCAGUAACUGCAGUUCCCUCCGUGGACGUAGUAGAUGGCGCAGCAGCAGCUCUACCAACCUCUGCAAGCCUGCCCACCGAGCAAGCUCCGAUAAGACCACCACUCCCCCCGAUGGCAGCCCCAUUCGUGUACCAUCCCGACUAUCUGUCCGCGUCGGCCGCUGCCGCCUCCUACCUGCUGCGAGGCAUUCCGGGUUCGGAAGAGGACCUCGGACUGGCACCGUCGGCACCGCAGCGCCGCCGCCGCCAUCAUCGCUCGAAGCGUGAGUCCACCUCGGAGGAAGACUUCCAGCGGGAGCAGCGCCGCCACCGACACGGUACCCGCUCGCCCGAACCCUCCAUCCCGACGCUUGGCGGCCAGCUGGUGCGGGCGUGCGGUUCCUCCAUCCGCCAAACCGGUGACGACCUGAUGGCAAUGCUGCGCGCCAGCAGCAAGGACGAGAACAAGCGCGACCUGCACAUUGCCAUCAUCAUACUGAUCGUGAUCGUGGCCGGUCUGAUGGCGCUCGGCAUGAGCGGCGAGAAGGCGGUCCACCAUCACCACUGGGACUACUUUAGCCCGCCCGGACACGGUAGCAGUGCGUAGAGCGCGUUGCUGAGCCUUUGUCUGCUUGUUUCUUUACGAUAAACUUGUGUUUUUUUAACGACAAAUCUCUUUCCUUUUCCCCACAUCACAACAACGAACUCCCUCCCUCCUAACGUAGUCCACAAGUAAGCGGAGCCUGAUAUAGUAUGCAAUCCGCAUGGCAUGGUGUGUUCGAUGGGUUGCAUAUAUUUUAGGCGCUCGCUCUUUCUACUAGGUUUUUGCUACCAUAGAAGCACUUACUACAAGAAUGCUGCAUUUUUACACGCACGAACACACACACACACACACACUCACGUACCCAUACCGUUACAGUUGAAGCACAUUUGAAGCACACGCAGUCAUAGCUCCUCCCAUAGUGCACACGUGCAUGCACUUUUGUUAGAAGUUUACCAUUUACUUAGAGUUUGGAGUUAGAGUAGUGCAUCAGUGUCACUGUAUCGUUCGAACGAUCGAAAACUAUUCAGCCAGAAAGCCGUAAACUGCGUGCCAUCAUGUACGAUUAUUUCAACAUUUUUUUUGUGGUAUCUUCCAUCGAAAUUCUAAGUAGGUGAAGUAGUAGUUUUAUUUCUAAUAUACCGUUUGCUUGCUUAUAUUUCAACGCUCUAGUGGUAGUCGUUUGAACUGUUUCCUUGCCCUAUUUUGUCUCGGUGUGGUAACAUUCUGAUGUUCUCUGCUCCAACUUUUCAUCUUUUCUGUUGUUUUAGUUUCAUCAGUUUCAACGAACACAUAAAACAAACGUUGUGUUUCGGUGAACCAGGCGAGAGUUUGUGUCUAGUCAUAUAGCAUAGGUACUACUGCAAUGGAAGAUCCAGUUCAUUCAAUGGUUUUAAACUUCGAAAAGGGAACAAAUGUUUGAAAGUUCUUCUUGAAACCAUCACAUCCAUUGUUCAAGCGUUUGGAGAGAUCGAAAGCUUAAAGCAAAUUAUAGAGAAAAGAGCAAACGAAUUUCGACGAAUUUAUGGAUCAUUAGCAAGAUUGAUGUUUUUUUUUACGUUAGUAACGUUUUCUCCUUCGUCUUCUCCUUUCAACUAGUUGACUGUUUUGUUGUUUUAAGUUUCUGUUUUCUGGUUUAAUUUUUUUGUCGUCAUUUAUCUAUCUGUUUAGCUGUUACGAGUAGUGAGAGAGGAAAAGGGGAGAAUGAAGCAGAUAAGUUAUUGAACAAAUUCGAACACUUUGAGAGAGAAAAAGGGUGAACGUGUAAUUUUACAAGAAAAGAAAUAUAUAGUUGCAUUCUUGAUAAUCAAUCGAUCGGA